UAGUAACAUAUUAGAUGUGCCGUUCCUCUCUUAAUAAGCUUAUUGGCAAUUUUGUACGUUCCCUUCUAAAAGCUUUUGUGAAACAUUUCUUGUCACAAAGUUGUCUUCGAAGUGACAGCGGCGCUUUAAAUUUAUGCAAUAAAAAUAUAAGGCGUUACCACGCCAACGUUGGAAGCAACAAACCAAAACUAUAAUGGAGUGCGAAUAAAUAAUACCUAGUCUUGAAAGAUACUCACGUGAUGGGAGAGACAUACAAAUCAACAUCCAAAAGCUCUGCAGCACGCUCAUAUUCGAAAUCGUCAGUGUCUAACAACAAAUCUACAGUAGAACCCAAAGACAUAAACAAUGAACUUAUGCACCAAUCGGGAUGGCGUUUAAAGUCAGCAAAAGCAUAUAUCCUAGAUAAAUCUAAGGCCGGUGUAGCUCAUAUCAAAACCACAACCAAACAUCGUAGCAUUCACCACUCAAUCAAGCCCCAGCUUUCAAACAAAAUAAAAAGUAGUGACUCUACAAAACAGAAUGUCACAAUAUAUUCUCCACCAAUUAAAAAGAAAAUUCCUACUUCAAUAAUAAAGCAUUCUACAGACACACAACUAACGCGUGAUCGCACACGCACGCGAACGUUGAAACAGGAAGAAAUAUCAAUGUUGAAGAACACAGUGAACGUGUCAGAUAGAACAGUUUUUAUACCGAAGCCUUCCAUAGUUUUUCAUAUACCAUUACAUGAACACGCACCACGAAUGGUUGAUAGCACGCUGAAAACUCAUAGUAACAGUGACGGUGAUGCUGAAAACGAUAGUGAUCAAUACGAAUCGGAAUUCGAUUCAUAUGAAUCAGAUACAGAAUCACCAUGCAGAUCAUCAAGUUCGAGUUCAUCUAAACUGCCCUCUAAUUGUAAAUUUUCAUCUUCAGACACUGACACCUCAUGUAGUUUGACAAGAACGUCUGAAUUUUGUCAUUACCAAGAAAUGCAAAGCCAUGAUUCUGUACGUUACAAUUUAACAUCUCAGCGAGAACAAACAACCAAUGAUGUUUUAUUCGGAUCCAUCAUUCAACAACAACAAGUAACUAAUUAUCUUAAUUCUGGUAUAAAUAAUGAUGAUAUCCAAAUCAUACAUACUAACCGUGAACAAAUACAUCAACGAAAAAUAGAUAUUUUCAAUAAAAUCACAUUGAACGUUAUGUGUUUCAAUUUAUAUGAAGAGCAACCAGUAAUGUACGAAUUUUUUGUUCAAUUUCAUGGGAAUGUUACAGGCGUUCAAAAUCAUUGUCAAACUGAAAUGGUACUUCAAGAAAAGCACACACAGACAGAUGAUGUAUACUAUAAAUCGUGCUGGAGUCAACACCCACCGCGUUACUCAAUAAAUACACUUUGCAACAUAAUUGCGAAUCACGAGGCCUGUUUAGAAGAAAAACUCAGUGUAAAAAGCAAUAAUUACUAUGUUUUAUGCCAUAGCCAGCAACAAAAUGACAUGUUUUCUAAUUUUUUGCAAUACCUUGAAAACCAGUAUACUCAAUGUAUGGUAAAUCAAACGACUAUUCCUGAAAACAGGCUGCUUUCAUUUUUGCAGAACUCCUUAACAGUCAUUGAGAGAAUACAUACUGGAAAGCUAGAUGUACCAAAAAAAAUAUCUAAGAAAAUCCACUCGAAGCAACACAAAAUGCUUAACCAAAGUUCAGUAAUUACAACGUUUUCGGAUUUGAAUCAAAAUGAAAUGUUUUUUACAUUACAUGACUAUCAUAAAGAAAGCAUCCUCAAACAUUUUAUUUGUGUUUGGAAUAAAAAACAUUUAGUUCAACCUAAGUCCAUACUCACUUGCUGGGAUAUCAUUACUUGCCUCGAAAGAAUUGGACCAAUAUUCAUUGGAGGAACUAUUAAUGGGACAUUAUGCCUAUGGAAUGAACGAGAAUACAAGACAGAGAAAAACCCGUUUCAAAUUAUCAGCCCCGAUAUUGCUAUAAAAGAUAAGAUCUGUCACCAUGGAAAAGUAAUCGCUGCAAAGUGUGUUGCACAAUACAUAAGCUGUAAAAGUCGUACUUUUGGUCAGGUGCUAACACUAUUUGAGAGAGGAACACUCAUUACUUGGUCACUAGUAUCAAUAACCGAAGCUGUAGAUUUCAUUGCAAAUACAAAACUCGAUAUUACAUUCAAUAAUGCAAAAUUCAAGCUUGUUCAGCAGUUUAUUACAAACCUCUUCGGUGUACACACUAAUGCCAAAUUGCCAAAAAAUGACUUUGCUGAAAAUUUCGAAAACUCUGCCACAGAACGCAAUGCAACGAGUGCAAUGAUUGUUUUCCCAUUAUUAACGUGUAUGCUAGUUCACCAGAAUACAGCACUAAUUUUAUGUAAUGGAUACAUAUUAUUACAUAAAAUUUUAGAAAACAGAAGCUUAUUCCUUUUUAACGAUAACGAUAUUAUAACACACUGUAUACAGCAAUCAAAACGAGACAAUUUUAUAAUAACAUCAUCACCAUACGGCGCUAUACAAAUACAUAGGAUUCAUCCAGAUAAAGGCAUUCAACCAAAACUUGAUAAUGGUAUUAAAAAAAUAUUUGUUGAACAACAAUGCAAUAGUUAUUGUAAGAAAUAUGAUACUCUACUGAGUACCAACAAAUCGUGCAUGAUUCAAAAUAUCGUACAGAAGGAGCGUAAAUUGUAUCGCAAUAAUAAUCAAUAUUAUCAUAGCCUUACAAGAACAUUUCAUAGCAAUUCCAAUUUCAACAUGUCUGAUGAUAAACAAAUUGCCAAUUCUGAUAAAACUAGCACAUUAUACCAUGAUCAAGUUUUUUUUCUUAAGCAAAUGAGUAACCGAAACACGUCAUUACAGCUUAUUGAACAAGAAAGACUAAUUUGUAUAGGAAGUGAAGAAUGUGCAAAAUUGAUACACCUUGAAACAGGAUGGAAAGGUUGUGUUAACGAUUACAUCGCUUUCGAUUAUAGAGCUCGACGAUUACUGGGAACUACAGACAGAGAAAUCGUACUUGUAACUAGGGGUCAGACAAUAUAUUUGCUUGAUAUAUCGGAUGGCAUUAGAACAACUUUGAAUUCAAUAUGAGCAAUUUGAAGUACGUAGAAACAAUGCGGAGAUUCGAUAACAAAUGGUAGGUUUAGAAAAAUAACUGCUGUUGAUACAAAAUAUAAGUGG